CUAGGACCAUAUCAAGAGCAGGAUGUCGUACGAUUGAAUGCGUAUUCCAAUUUCGGUUUCCUGUUUUAUGAACUUGGGUAUAAAAUGUACCUGCAGUUCUUUGCUUUAGAAAUGCAUGGAAAAAAGUUUGUGAUACUAUUGCUCCUUGGCACCCUGUUUCAAUCAUCAGAAGUCAUGAGUUUAGUUCUUGCUGGAAAUGAUAAUGAAUUCUCUGUACAGGCAGAAAAUAAGGAACAUGUUAUUGACUUCUGUAAUGGAAGCGGGUGCACUUUUAUAGGACAGAUAACGAGUAUUUAUUACCAUAUCAAAUGUCCGAUGACGAGAGUGAAAGCAGUAGGUGGUGAGAGAAAAAUUGAAGAAAUCGCCAAAAAGCUGUACAAGAUAAAAAGUCUAGAAAUGCAACACCUUCACAGAAAUUACAUAAAAACAACUGACGCUCGGUGGAAGGACAUGUGGGCCUUGAACGGCGAUGUUCAACCGAGUAUGACAGUUGAAGCAGCGUGGAGGAAGGGCAGGACCGGAUCUGGUAUUGUUAUUGCUGUAGUUGACGACGGAGUGCAAGUAAAUCAUCCAGACCUCAUGAGGAACAUAGAUAUUCCGAAUAGCUACGAUUAUCGUGAUCUAGAUUCAGAUCCCUCCCCAACUAAUGUCAGUGACAGCCAUGGAACGGAGGUGUCGGGACUGAUAGCGGCCGAGGCAAACAAUGACGUGUGUAUAGUAGGAAUUGCACACGAAUCUACUAUCAUAGGAAUAAGGCUCAUCGGAAGUGUAGGUAUUACUGACAUUACUGAAGCAAAAGCCCUCACACAUCACCUGAGAGGAGUAGAUAUUUACUCUAACAGCUGGGGUCCAGUUGAUGGUUACGGAUACAAGAAACCAGGCCCUGUUACCAUGAGUGCUCUGUUUGAUGGAAUAACCAAGGGACGGAACAGGAAAGGUGUGGUGUACGUCUGGGCCGCAGGUAACGGCGGAUUGGGAGACAAUUGUAAUGCGGAUGGAUACGUCAACAGCGUGUACACGAUUCCUAUAACAAGCGUCGGAUCGGACGGAGCGGCCACUUGGUACGCGGAAGUAUGUGCUGCCGUCUUUGCUGCAACGUACUCUGGCACCAUGAUAAAGAAUCUGACCUCCACGUCUCUGUUCUCGGACUGCGUUGGUGGACUGAAAGGAACAUCAUUCUCCACUCCUCAAGCUUCAGCCAUCGUGGCUCUAACAUUACAGGCAAAUCCAUCGUUAACCUGGCGAGAUAUCCAACAUCUAAUUGUGCGAACAAGCAAAAGAUACAACAUUGAUGAUGGACUUUCCGUGGCCUCCUGGCAUAGGAAUGGAGCAGGAUUUUACGUGAGUCAUAUUUUGGGUUUUGGAUUAAUGAAUGCAGAGGCGAUGGUAACACAAGCAAAGUCAUGGACACCCGUGGCAUCCCAGAAGACAUGUUCCACCAAAACAAACUAUGUCUACAGGAGCACGGACCCGUAUUCAUUUUACUCACUACCUACAGUUUCAAGUUCGGUUAAAGUGACGGGGAGUAUCUGCGCUAUAUCUAGUUUGGAACAUGUUCAGGUAGAGGUGUCCUUCAGCUAUGAUGACAGGAGAGGGGAUAUAGGCCUGACUUUGGAAUCACCAUCAGGAACAACAUCACUGUUAAUGACUCCCAGACCCAAAGAUUCAAUUCUUACAAAGUACAUGUCUGGAUCUCUAACUUGGACGUUUACUUCUGUUCAUUUCUGGGGAGAGAAUGUUCAGGGCACAUGGAUAUUGAGAUUGUCCACAAAGCGAUCCACACUCUUUCACAAAGUAACAUUAAAAUCAUGGAACCUUCGAUUCUAUGGAACAAGAACCACCAAACACACAACCACAAUCCCAACUAAAACCUCAGAUAGAACCCAUUACUCAACCACAACUACUGCGACCAGGAUUACAUCUUAUUCAAACAUCUACGAUAGCACUAGCAGAUCCGACAGCGGAAGUCUAACAGCAGGAGCUGUUGCAGGGAUUGUUGUGGGAAGCAUAAUUAUUUGCAUCGUAAUUGUAUGUGCUUGGCCUGUUUUUCGUAGAUAUCGUAACCGUAAACGCGACACACCAGCCACUAAUCCCAGAACAGGAGUAUUCGUGAUGUCAUCUAACGACUACAAUAGGUUCCAGUGAAUAUUGACAUUUGUGACUUCAAGAGCAUUUGGUGUAAAACUUCAAUAGUCUGAUUAACGUUUAACACAUAAUAACUAUUUUACUCGUGUAUUUACCUCUAGGAUUCCUUUUCUUUUGAUGUUAUUAUGUUAUAUUAUCUAACCAAAAUCAUGCUUUUUAAAUAAUAUUCUCCAUUUUCGCAGGUAUACAUGUCUUAUCAGUAUUGCAUACGAUUUUGAAAAAAAAUAAAUCUAACAGACAUAAA